UCAUUUUUCUUUAUUUUUUAAUCAUUAUUUUGAAUUUCAAAAUUCAAUACUGUCAAUGUUUUAGCUACAAAAAACCAACUAAGAAAUAUUCGUAAAAAAAAAAGAAUUAAGAAUUAAUGUGAACAUUUAAAUUCUUAUUGCAGCUUGUCGGCAUUGAAAUCUGAACGUUGAGCAGUUGUUUUUUUAACGUGAUAAGGUGGAGGACAAUAAUUAAAUGAAGCAACAUGGGAAAUGGUAUGAACAAGGUGUUGCCCGGUCUCUAUGUUGGGAAUUAUCGCGAUUCGAAGGAUCAACAGCAACUGGACAAGUAUCAGAUAACACACAUAAUAGCCAUACACGAUAGUCCACGUCGUUUGCUACCGGACAAACACUACCUAUGCGUGAUGGCCGCUGAUACGCCUGAUCAGAAUCUCUCGCAGUAUUUUGCCGUUUGCAAUGAUUUUAUACAUGCCGCCCGUUUGCGUGAAGGCAAUGUGCUGAUCCAUUGUUUGGCCGGCAUGUCGCGUUCUGUUACGGUAGCGGUGGCGUACAUAAUGACCGCAACCAACUUGUCCUGGAAAGAAGCGUUGAAGGUAGUGCGCACUGGACGCGCGGUUGCCAAUCCGAACAUCGGUUUCCAGAACCAGCUGCAAGAGUUCGAAACGUAUCGCUUAGUAGAGGAGCGUAAGCGUUUGCGUGAGCGUUUUCCUUCAACGGCGUUGGAGCAGUUGGAUCGUUCCAAAUGUUCAGCAGCGUUGGAUAAUUAUCAAGAACUAUUACAAAAUAAGGAUAUUUGCGAGGGGAAUUGUGUGCGUGGUGAAAAAUGUCCAACAGGUGUCUGUAAUGUAGAUCCCUCAAAGGGUCUCUUCCGUCGUCGUCCCUCUACAGCCUCGAUGCGCUCUCGUCUACGUGGCCAACCUUCUACGUCGAGCGCGUCAACAUCACCUGCACUAUCUGGCACUGGUGUCGCCAAUGUGGCUGCUACCAAUGUGGCGCAGUCAUGUCCAACAUCGCCCAGCCACUCGCCGGCCGCAAGACGUUCUCUGGGCGGCCAAAAAAUACCCGAAGACGAGGAGGCACACAACCCACCUACAACAACAGCAGCCGCGACAACAACAACAACUAACAGCACAACCACGACGACCACCAACAAUAGCAAUAGCACCACCACUAAUAACACAACCACCACCACCACCGUAACGUUGUCACCGCUGAUAGCGACGGCGAGCAGUUCAAAGGAGGCUGCCGAAUAUGCGGCCGCCAUCAACGAUGCGAAGCGUGAGCGUGAGGCGCUACAGAAGUCGCCACCAGCUGCACGAAUGCGCAAUCCACGUGUAAACAGCGCAGGCAGUCGUCUAAUCAGCGCCACAGCAAAGGCUCGUGCUGCCGUAUCCGCCACAGUGGCAGCACAACAGGAAGAACUUGAUAAGUGUAGCGCGGGUAAUGGCUGCGGUUUUGGCGGCACCGGACAAACCGGACAACUGCAUCGUAGUGCCAGCACUGUGAGCGGCCUAACGGUGCGGCCGUACAGCAGUCCGGCUGGUUUGCAUGCUUACACAGGCAAAGUACCUGGCUCUGUGCCAUCGUCCGUCCAUGGCUCCCGAGUGGAUCUGCGUGAUGUCGAUAAGGGCUCGGCAAUUUAUUUGGGCUGCUCUGCGCCGCGCAAUUCAACGUUAUCGCUCUCUUCACGCACCUCAUCGGGCAGUUCGGCGCCACCUUCGCCGGUGCGCACGCCGCCGGUGAGUCCGCGACACGGUGUGCGAAGGGCAGCGACUAUCGUGAAAAAGCAACAACAGCAGCAAAGGUGAAACAACUGCAAAGCCUGAUAAUGGCGCGUCACAACGUUUAUUGCUGCAUCAAUCAAAAUAACUGCUUGAAGGGAGAGGCGGAAGCAGCUGUAGGAAAUAGAUCACUCUUAGCGUAGCGUAGUCUUCGCGGUUUUUAAAAAGCUGUACAUGCAGCUAUGCUAUCAAGACAUACAUACAUAACUCCUUGACUUCGAAUAGGUUCCUUGAAGUGUGAAAGCAGCAUUGAAGCAUUUUUUUUACUUGCUAAUAGUUCACUAAGAACUGAUGCCUGAAACAUUGUUAAUUGAAAAUGGUUAUGGCAACCAAUAGAACUGUUUUGUGCGCUUAGCUUAUACUUAGCAUAGAAUUUGCAGAAACUCAAAGCAAUUAUGAACUUAUAAAAUAAGGAAAAUUAAAAAGAAACAUUUUUUACAAUACAUACCAAUUAACUUGUUGUUGCCUAAAUGUGUGUGCAUACGCACUUCAGACAUAUUGCAUAGGAGAAAAAAGCUUAGACAUCUGUUAGAUUUUAUUGAUUAAGGGGUUAGGUGGGUUUCAAAAGCUCAAAAUAGGUACAUUUUUAUGAAUUUUUUUUUAUUUAAUCAACAGAAUAUUUCAUUCCAUCAAUUUAACACAUAAAAGAUACAUAUUUUAUAAGUAGUUUGUGAAAUUUUCAUUGAAAAAUUUUGAAAAUUAAGGCGUGGACACGUCGUCUCCUAUGGCCCCUCAAAAAAAAGUUCUCUCGGCGUAGUCAGGAUAACUCAUGACAGAUUCAUCUGAAAUUCAAAAACAAAAAAUUUUCUGUUAGUAGAUGUUUCAAACUCGUGCUUGGACGAAGGAA